AUGUUUUGAGGUGUAGUGCGAUAGUACGCCCUGAAAGUGUUUUUUGCCCUUCUGUUGUAUAUUUUAACGAAUUGGAAUGGUAAACGAUAAGGAUUAUCAGUUUGAGUGAUGGAGAGUGGUGAUUUUUUUUGUCCUCGAUAAAGCUGCACUUUUGUUCGGUAUGAGGUUAAAGCCAGUUGGGCCGAGAAAAGGGUUAGGUGAUUAAUAUUUUUCCAUCCAGAGCAUUGUAAAAUAGUUUUUUAAAGUUUUCAUCGUCGUUUGUACAAGCUACGCUGUAUACCGAAUAAAAAAAAAUGAACCUUUGACCAACACUAUGAAUACUCGUAAUUUGAUUUCCUUGCAGCUAUGACUUUUAGUUGACUGGAACAAAGCAUCGUAGGAUGUGAGAUAUUGUAAAUUAACUCAAGUACAAAAAAAAAAUACUCUCAUUAGGGCGAAAUGGCCUCGGUGUUUGAUCAAUUCGAGCAGGCCUCUCAGAGGUCCAAGCAGCCACUGCAGACUUUGAAACAAGAUAUUAGUAGCUCGGGGUUCAUUCAGAUGAAGCUUCAGGAUGAAACUCCGAUAUUUAUCAAGCAAAAGGUUAAUUUCAUGCCACCUGAUAAAAUUUUGGGCAUGUGUGUCAGUGGCAAUUUCGUUGUCAUUGCCAUGGCUAACAAUAUUUUACUUAGAAUCGACAUGAAACAACCCGACAAGCCUGAAGAAAUCGAUAUUACCAAGUUUAUUGGAAAUUUAAGGCUGUCUGGCAUAUUUCUUGAUCCUUUGGGUCAACAUUUAGUUAUAUCUACAGUACCCAAACAAGGAGAUAAUAACUCUGUGUCUGAACUUUUUUAUUUGCACAGAAAGUCGGCCAAGUUGAAACAAGCUUCAAAAUUCAGAGGCCAUGAAAUAACAGCAGUUGGCUGGAACUUCACAAAUACUUUGGAAACUACUUCUGGACCCAUAUUGCUGGGAACUUCAAAAGGUCUUAUUUUUGAAACUGAAAUCGGUAUUGAAGGAGACAAAAUUUUCACCACCAGCUUGGAGCAGUAUUGGAGACAGGUAUUUGAUAUUGGUAAAGACAGCAAACCUCCGAUAACAGGUUUAGAAUUCAGAAGGGUACCAAACACUGACAAAUACUUUAUAAUAGUAACAACUCUUAUAAGGAUUUAUCAGUACAUUGGAGUUGUGUCCAGCCACGAAGAAAAGCCACUUUUGCAGCAAGUGUUUAGCAAAUACUUGAACAUCAAAGAAAGUUUUAUUCAGUUGGAAAGUUCAUUGCCAUAUUCAAAAAUGCAAUUUUACUUUUCAUUACCACAAGAAUUUCCAAAAACUUUUGGCUGGCUGACUGAAACUGGUAUCCUUAUUUCUCAGGUGGACCCUAAAGUAGACCCUGACAAUUUAUUAGUAAAUCAACAAAUGUUGCCAUGCCCGGAAACUAGUCUCUUAAGUAGCAGUACUUCGAGGAAACAUUCAACUCCAUUGUCGUUUGUUCUGACUGAAUUUCACGCGCUCCUUUUAUACAAUGACCAUGUAAAGGGUAUCUCUCUGCUCAACCAAGAAUUAAUUUUCGAAGACUUGUACAAUGACGCUUUUGGAAAAUUGAUUAAUAUCAUCAAAGAUCCCGCAACUGGCUCGAUCUGGGCUUACAGUGAGAGAGCGGUUUUUAAAUAUAAAGUCACCAGAGAGGAUCGCAAUGUUUGGCAGGUAUAUGCUGCUAAAGAAGAAUUUGAACUGGCCAAGCAAUAUUGUCAAGGCGAUCCAGCUAAUGUAGAUCAAGUUCUCGUGAAACAAGCCGAAAUGUUAUUCAAAAACAAAGAGUACGAAAAUAGUGCACUAGUGUAUGCAGAAACGCACUCGUCUUUUGAAGAAAUAUGCUUAAAAUUUUUGCAAGAAAAUGAAACUGAAGCAUUGAAAAUUUUUUUAAUAAAGAAACUCGAGAGUUUAAGGCCACAGGAUAAAACUCAAAUUACGAUGAUCGUGAUUUGGGUGGUGGAACUUUUCAUGAAUCAGAUGGGAACGAUGCGCAGCAACGACCCGUCUUACCUACAAAAACCACGCUACAUGGAGCUUCAGAAGCAUUUUGAUAGUUUUCUGGCGUCCAACAAAGUGGAGGAGUGUUUGCGACGAAAUCGAAGCACGAUUUGCAAUAUAAUAGCCAGUCACGGGGACAAGGACAACUUGCUUCGGUUGACGAUCAUGAACAAAAACUAUGAAGAAGUGAUUCGCCAGCAUUUGUACGAAAACAAUCAUCUCGAGGCACUCGAAGUACUUAGGAGUCAAGGGAACAAAGAGCUGUUUUAUCAGUUUGCCAGCGUUCUUAUACAGGAGCUACCAAAACAGACUGUCGCGGCAUUGAUAGCACAGGGAUCUAAUCUCAAGCCUACCGAGCUGAUACCUGCUUUGGUGUCCUGCGACAACGAUGAAAAACACGCAAAAGAGAUAAUAAGGUACUUGGAGCACUGUGUCUACGAACAAAGUUGUCAAGAACAAGCGAUCCAUAACUUUUUGCUCUCUCUCUAUGCCCGCUAUAAGAAAGACGAAGUUAUGCGGUACAUCAACUCACAAGGCCAAGAAAUAACAAUGGUGCACUACGACGUUCAUUAUGCUCUCAGACUUUGUCAAGAAGCCAAUCUGACAGAGGCUUGUGUUCAGCUCUCUGCGUUAUUGGGACUAUGGAUGACGGCAGUUGAUCUAGCGUUAACUAUCAGUGUCGAUUUGGCCAAGCAAAUUGCCGCGAUGCCGUCACAUGACGGGGACGAUGAGUUGAGAAAAAAGAUGUGGCUGAAAAUUGCUGAGCACGUUGUCAAGGAAAAGAAUGACAUAAAACAAGCGAUGGAUUUUCUUCAGCAGUGCGAUUUGCUUCGAAUAGAAGACAUAUUGCCAUUUUUUCCUGACUUUGUCACGAUUGACCACUUCAAGGAGGCCAUCUGUAAUUCCUUGCAGGAAUAUAAUCGGCACAUUCAAGAUCUGAAGGAAGAAAUGCAAGAAGCCACCAAAGCAGCCGAAGUUAUUCGAAAAGAUAUUCAAGAUUUUCGGACCCGUUGUUCGUUUAUACACACGAGAGACACAUGUAACGAAUGUAAUGUGCAGCUGCUGCAACGUCCGUUCUACGUAUUUCCGUGUGGACAUCAUUUUCACAGCGACUGUCUCGUAACGGCGCUAACGCAAAUGCUGCCUCUGGAGCAGCAAACACGAUUAGCUGAGCUCCAGUAUCAGUUGACUCAGGCUCAACAGCAGCAACAGCAACAGCAGCUGGCUAGCAACGCAGAUGGUAGUGCUUCCGAUACAUUUUCACCCAAGGAGCAGAUCAAAGACGAUAUAGACGAGCUCGUAGCUUCCGAGUGUCUUUAUUGCGGGGAUCUCAUGAUAGACUCCAUCGACAAGCCAUUCAUCAAGGAAGAUGAAUACGACAAAAUAAUGAAAGAGUGGUCGUAAGAAGAAAAUGAUGAGGGUUGUAAAUAAAGUUUGAUAAUUGUAAAAAUAUUCUGGAGCACACUAAGAUAAUUUUUAA